AUGACUGCUGGUAUUCCAAUGGAACCUUCUACCUUUAAUGAGGCAAAUAAAUGCAUUGAAUGGAAAAAGGCAAUGCAAGCUGAGAUUGAUGCACUCAAGUCCCAAGGCACUUGGACCCUUGUUCCACAACCGCCUAACUCUAAGGUGACAAAGACUGGCUUGCUUGAUUCCAAACCGAUGGAUACACCUAUUGCUCUUGGUUCUUUAUCUUUGUAUGAUGGUGAUCCUUUGCUGAAUGCUUCAGAGUAUCACAGUAUCGUUGGUGCUCUACAAUACUGCACCUUCACUCGCCCCGGCAUUUCUUACACAGUUAAAAAACUAUGUCAAUUCAUGCUUACUCCAACUUCAACUCAUUUACAAGUUGCCAAAAGAGUGUUAUGCUAUUUAAAAGGGACUGCCAAUUAUGAUUGGGGGUCGUGUCCUGAUGAUCGCAGAAGCACGAGUGUUUACUGCAUUUUCCAUGGUCUGAACUUGAUAUCUUGCUCUUCGGCAAAGCAAAAAGUUGUUUCUCGCUCAAGUACCGAGUCAGAGUAUAGGGCACUUGCCAAUGGAGCCUCUGAAUUGUCCUGGUUACGAUCUUUAAUCGGUGAACUUGGUCUCCACUCUUAG